CAGGCCGCCAUGCAUGGCCUUCCUCCGUGCGGGCGGCUGCCGCGCGGGCAGCUGCGGUAGCGCAGAUAUGGAGGCCGGCUGCUGCAUCGGUGGUGGCAACGGCUGCUAUGGUGGAGGCGGCAGCGGGGGCGAGGGAGGCUCGUGGGGUCGUUGGGCUACGGAGCUGGUGCGCAGGUUCUGCUGGGCGGUGUGGCUGCAGGGCCGGCCCAACCCCUUCCGCCCCUUCCUGGACUGCGGCGGACUUGAGGACGAGGACCUCAAGAAGUUCGUACGCGCCCUGGUGGCUGUGUACGGCUCAGUGCCCUUUCGCACCACCCUGAUCCAGGACAAGCGCAUGCAGAAGCUCAAGGCGGCCGCGGACCUGCAGGAAAUCAAGAAAAGCUUCCGCGUCAUCCGGAAGGACAAGCAGCAGCAUGGGCAGCAGAGUGGUGCGGGUGCUGCUGCGGUUGCUGCAGAGGGUGCUGCUGCGGUUGCUGCAGAGGGUGCCGCUGCGGGUGCCGCUGCGGGUGCUGCAGAGGGUGCUGUUGCGGGUGCUGCAGAGGGUGCUGCAGGGGGUAGUGGCGAGAGCACCAGCAGCAGUGGAGGCAGCGACGCCGGUGGUGGCGCAGCUAAUGGUGCUGCGCAUGUGGUGGAUAUGGAGGAGUUGAUGGAGCGGGUGCUGAGGCGGGUGCUGGACGAGAGGGGAGUGCGAGCCGGCGGGGCGCCGUCGCCCGCUGGGUCUGCAUGAGGGGCUGGCAGCGGUAUGAGUGGGUAGUGGCGCAUUGGUGAAGGAAUCUAUUGAAAAGUAUGUAUUGCGCAUGCGUAUUGGGAGGAGUUGGGAAGUUGCAAUGUCAUUCGUUUGUGAUCCAUGGGCCAUUGCCGCCAAGGCGGAUGGUGACCUCGUGCGAGCUGUUUACGCUUGCAAUGAUUUGCUGGAUAUUAACACGUUCGUGGCUCAUGUAGUUCAGGAGUAACGAGCUAAUUUGUUUUGAUAUGCAGUGCCUAGCUCAUUGACGUACGGCUUUUCAGGGGCUUUUGGUGAGCUGAGGCCAAGGGAUACGUGAACAGAGGUUGGGUGGGUAGCCUGCCAGAGGCGGAGGUCUUGAGUGUCCGUAUGCAGUACAUGCGCGCGUGCAGAUUCGCCGUACAUGCGAGCGCGAGAGCGACCAGCACUGGGGUCCUGUAGCGGACGGCUCUCCAGAUGAGAUUGUUGCGCUACGGAAGCGUUGGUCCUGCUACCGUUUGGUGUUGUGAGCCGUCGCAUCCGGGUCCCCAAGGCUUACUGGGAAGCUGAGGAUUGCCCGGUAAAGCACCGUUGGCUCCAGGAUUUCGCGUGCGAAUGUUCCAUUUUAGGGCUGCCUAGUUGAGAGCGGCUACUUAUUUACAAGAAGCGAUUGCAGGACUGGAUCAUGAUUACACCUAGUAGGCUAUCGGUUGCCCCGAGUUGUAUGUGUUGUUAAUUGGGUUCGGCACAUGUCUCGUGCUCUCACCAUUGCUGCGAGUGCUUACCCGGCCCCUGCUGCACCCCUUUCUUCCCCUCCGAUGCUCGCCAAGGCGGCAGCGGAUGCAGAGGGGCCGGCGGUACAGCCGCUAGUUGUUCCCCUGUGACUGGUUGGCGUCAUAGACACAUUUAUCGUCGCAGCCUAGUAUGGCUAGGGCUUGUCUGUGUUGCCUGUGGUUGCUUGGUUGCAUGCUGCGCAUGUGGGCCCUUCGUACGGAUAGAUACAUGCUCAUAGCUCGGCUUGUGCGCGGCUGCUUAUAACGGUAGUCUGGCUUGUGCCGCCAUGUCCUGACCUGAUUGCAAGAGC